AGCAGGGGUUGAAGUGAUAGAAGGAGGAUUGGGUAGUUUUUGAAGAUGGGGGCGGGGGUUGUAACUGAGGGAGUAAGGGUUACAUUUGGGGAAAGUCUCAAGUGAACGUGAGUGAGCCAGUGAGGUGUCCACAAUGCGCAUGUGAAUGGCGCUGACAGGCGCAUAAAGGAUCUUUUCCAGUCCUAUGAGCUUGUAAGUUGUAACCACAGUCCUGGGUAACUACUUCAGUACUUUCUAAUUCCAACGGUCAUAACCAAACUGUAAAAAUGGCGCAACCCAUGUUCCUUCAUCAUCGUCAUCACAGCACAACAACACAAACACCCGAGAGCUCUACCUUAUCUGUCCAUGCCUCCUCUGAUCCAAACCCCAUUGCACCAUGCCUAUCCUCAACGCCCUUUCUCCACUUGUCCCUCUUCUCCUUCUCCUUCUCCUUCUCCUUUUGUGCAUUCCCACUUCGGGGUUCGGAUCCAUGGGACCCAUCUCCGCCGCUUUCGGCGAACAUGGUUUCUUCUGCGCUAUCGACGCCGGCGGCGAACAGAAUGUAAUAUGUUGGGGAAAGAACAGUUCUUCGUUUCCCACCCCUUCUGCGUCUUUUAGCAACAUUCCUCCCAUGUCAGCUCUCUCCGGCGGGAAUGGAUUUCUCUGUGGCAUUUUGGCGAACACGUCGCAGGCGUAUUGUUGGAGCUUGGUUGCUUCGGGCAUAAAUCUCGUUCCUUCGGUGUUUCGGAACACCGCUUAUUCACAUGUCGCGGCGGGCAAGAAUCACGUGUGUGCUAUCAGAGGUUCUUAUUACUCUGAUAAUGAUUCGGGGACUAUUGAUUGCUGGGUCAUAAGUGGAAGACCAAAUAAUAGUUUGGCUUCUGUUGAGAAUAGUAAUUUUGUUGAUCAGUCUAUUAAUAGUCUUGUUUUUAGGAAGGUUGUGUCUGGGGAGGGGUUUAGUUGUGGUGGUAUUAGAGAAGGUGGCAUUGUUUGCUGGGGACCGAACGCCUCCAAGUUGGGGGUUUCUGGGGUAUCGGAGAAUUUUAAAGCAUUAGCUUCAGGGAGGGGUUCUGUUUGUGGGAUUUCAGGGGUUUCUGGUGAGGUGACGUGUUGGGGCGAUAAUGAUACUUCUGGUGCGCCUCCAAUCGGUACUCGAUUCAUAGCACUGUCUGCUGGUGCCAGACACUUUUGUGGGAUUAGAGAAGACACUCACGAAGUUGGGUGUUGGGGGAGCUUUAAUUCUUCACUGGUUCCAAAGGGUCCUGGGUUUAUGGCGAUUGCUUCAUCUGAUUUCACUACCUGUGGUAUUAGGGAAGAUGAUUUGGUCCUUGCUUGCUGGUUUGCAAAUUUGUCGUCACCGCCUGACUCUGAUCCUCCAUUGCAGCUGUGCAGUCCGGGACUUUGUACUCCUGGUCCUUGUGAUGAGGGGCAGUUUGCUUAUAAUGCAAGCAUCCUCAAUGAGCCAGAUUUGACUAGCCUGUGUGUUAGAAAAGAUCUAAGCAUUUGUUCACCUUGUGGGCUGAAUUGUUCUGAAGGGUACUUCCAGUCUAGUUCAUGUACCAAGAACGUGGACAGAGUAUGCACAGCUUGUUCUCUUUGCCAGAAUAGCUCUUGUUGGGAUAUUUGUGGAUUUCAAUCAUCAUCAGAGAUGAGGCAAAAGCAUCGGCAUCAAUUUGAAAGAUUAGCACUCAUAGUUGGGUCUUCUGUUUUGGGUUGCUUGUUGAUAUUAAUUGGUUGGUGUCUUCUUCCUCGUUUUAUUGGCACCAGAAAUGAAGAAGGGGUUAAAAAACAAUUUACUUCUUGCAUGGGUAAACCAGUGCUGGAAACUGACAUUGAUGCGGAUUCAAAUCUUUCUGUGUCUGCAGCCCCAUGUCUUGGAACAGCUCAAGUAUUCCGGCUCUCAGAACUAAAGGAUGCCACUAAUGGGUUCAAGGAGUUUAAUGAACUUGGCAGGGGAAACUAUGGCUUUGUGUAUAAAGCUGUCCUCGCAGAUGGGCGGCAAGUAGCUGUUAAAAGGGCCAAUGCUGCCACAAUAAUCCACACCAACAGCCGAGACUUUGAAAUGGAGUUGGAAGUUCUUUGCAAAGUUCGGCACUGUAAUAUUGUGAACUUGUUGGGUUACUGCUCAGAGAUGGGAGAGAGACUGCUUGUUUAUGAGUUUAUGCCCCAUGGGACAUUACAUGACCACCUCCAUGGUGGCCUUUCUCCUUUAAAUUGGGGUCUUAGAUUGAAGAUUGCCAUGCAGGCAGCAAAGGGGCUGGAGUAUCUUCACAAGGAAGCUGUACCUCCUAUUAUCCACAGAGAUGUCAAGACUUCAAAUAUUCUUUUGGAUUCUGAUUGGGGAGCACGAAUUGCGGAUUUUGGGCUUCUUAUUCCAAAUGAUAGGGAUUUCAAUGGAGACAUGAAAAGUGAUGUUUACAAUUUUGGAAUUGUGCUGCUGGAGAUUCUCAGUGGUAGGAAAGCUUAUGACAGAGAUUACAUGCCACCAAGUAUAGUUGAGUGGGCAGUACCGCGCAUUAGACAGGGCAAGGCUGGUGUUAUCAUCGAUUGUUAUACAGCUCUUCCAAGAAAUGUUGAACCUCUACUUAAGCUGGCUGAUAUAGCAGACCUAGCUGUGAGGGAAAAUCCUAGUGAGCGUCCCACCAUGUCAGAUGUGGCAAUCUGGUUAGAGCAAAUUGUGAAGGAUGGAUUGAUUUUGUAGCUUUUAAGUUAGAUAUUUGAUCCACAUAUUGAGCAAAAUUCAAUUGUUAAACACAAUUCAUGUCACAGCAGCUUCUCGGUGAGUAUCGCUUUCUUGCAACUGUACAUUUGUUAUGAGCUUAUUGUACAUUAUGUUGCUGAACUCUCCGCCCACUUUUCCUUUUUCUAUUUUUGUUUAUUUAAACAUCACAAAGUGGAUGAGGCUGUGUUUGUUGGGCCAUACCAUCUUCUUUGUUCUUCUCUGGAAGUUUUGUACAAUAAUUUUGCUGUUUUCUGUAAAGCUAUGCCUUCUUGUAUUUAAGGAACACACUUUUUCUUCUAUGCAUGACAAUGGCCUGGGGAUACUUGUCAAGGAAACAAUCCCUUUUGUGUUAUGUAUUUGAUUUUUGAAUAAAUUCACAAUUUAAGUAGUGAAAA